GUGUAUGUAUACAAGCAGCCAGCCUGUCCGCCAUCGACAACACGCCUCGUCUGUCCCUCCUCCCUCACUCUCGCUAGUCGUUCGCUAAUAUCUCUGUCGUUCCUUCAAUGUUCCACUUCUCCAAAGAUCGUCUUGCUGGUCUCGACAACAUCAUCCUGAAGAUCUCCCUUCCUUCCAAAGUACCGUCAGUAAUACCUAAUUGCCCCAUCAGCCAUGAACGCUAUCUUGAAGUCGAAAAGACUCCAAGGCGUAAAUCCCGGGUAGUGGCCCGGGUCGCCUUGGGAGAUAAAACCAAUUCGAACAGCGUCGUAUGUUGAGUCUUCCAGCAAUGCCUUCCGAGAUCUGACUUGACGCUGCGUAGCCAACCAAUACUACCCCACAAGGGAGACUCGAAGAUCCCACCCUACUCGUCGUGCCCUGCUGCAAACUCCCCAAACUUGACAAAUCUCUAAGUAUGAAGGCCGCUCUCGAUGACAACCCUUAUCGGCCACUUCCGCCUCUGCCUUCUGCCUCCCCACUACAGUUCCCGUCGUUUCUUGAUCUCCCAACGUCCCCUUCCACUCCUUCCAUUCAAACGCAGUUCCACGGUCCAGCAUCUUCGGCACCCACUGCCGUUCUCUUCCGUGUCCCUCCGACUCCUACAUCAUCUCGGAAGCGAUUAGCGAGGAAGAGCAAGAAGGAGGUAACUAUUGGCCCCCAUUGGAUCCCUGCUUUUCAUCACCCAAACAGUCCUUAUGUGCCCUGGACGCCAUCCGUCCGUGAACGCAUUCUUCCGCUGCCAUCUCCUACAUCCAUAUCGUCCGCUGUUGAAUCUUGCUGUCCUCGGAGUGGUGCUAUUGCGCCAGAACCUUGGGCAUCAUCUACGUUUUCGGACAGGUCCAAAGAAGUUCCCAGGACCACCCGGGUUGCCAAAUCCUGGAUGAACAUGAGAAAUAACAUUAAGAAUAGGAUCAAGAAAGUUGCUGCGUGUCUAGGAAUGGCUAAAAAGCCUACGAAGGAAUCGUCCGGGACUCAAUACACCAUACCCUCUUCCGGCGCCCCAAAGAGCACCCCGAUGCCCAAACCUGACUGCUUUGAAGGCGAUGACCCACUUUCUCGUGCUUCCUUGGCGUCGUUCCCUUCGUCGGAUUCUGUUGCUCUUGCUACCUGGCUGGCGGAGCGAUGCGGUGCACCGGCCGGAGUUCCGUGCCGCGACACGCCCCGAGGGAUGACAAUAGAAGAAUACGAAUUGAUUGGCAGCUGGCUUGACCUUCGUGAAGGCGAACACGAAUGGGUUUGUGGCUUCCAAGGGUGUGAUAUGCAUCUGCCAGAUGGAUCUCCUAACGCGAUGUGCGGGCACAUGAACGUUUUCCGUGCAGUGAUGCCCUUCAACGGUGUUGAUCUCUGCAGAACGGUCACACAACCGAUUACUUCACUCGCGAUACUGUCGGCCGAGUCGUUUGUCGUGCCCUCUCGGUUUUGCUCACUGCCUCGUUUGCCAUCUCAGUCGUUUGACAUGACUCCGAUAUCUCGCUAUGCAGGAAACACGCAUGGGACGACAGACGCAGAGCGCUGUCUGCCAGGGAAGAAGUCACGGGAGUUCAGCAUGCCAGGUGGAUGGACCUUUUGCUAAUUGUAACAUUGAGGCCGCUCGGACCUACACGUAGACACAUUUUAUUAUUAUCGGAACGCCAUCGCAUAUAUUGUAUUAUUCACUAUUUGCAGCAAUGUGUAAUGUAGUGUAUUUGGGUUGUGUGUGUACUACACUGCGUGCAAGACACGGGGCAGAGAACUGAAG